ACACAAAAUGACUGAGUGUCAAAGGCAGACAGUGCAACUUCUGGAGGAAACAGCUGGUGAGAGGUUGAGUCUGAGUUCUCCCAGGAGCAGAGUGAGCAGGCCCAGGAGCUGCAGCACACAGGACAGGGCUGUGAGGACAGCAUCCUUGGCACCAUGCGUCUACAGCUUGGCACCAAGAGCAUUGGGUGGAACUGCUUUCCAAAGGACACCAUUAUCCACAAAAGAGAGAAAACUGGACAUACAUAUGAGAAAGAAGAUGACCUGCUGAUUGGUGUGCCUAGUGAAGCCACAGUUCUUGGAACCAUCCAGAUACUAUGUGCCCUGAUGCUUGCAAGCUUUGGGGGCAUUUUGGUGUCAGCUUCCUACUUCAACCCAGAAGUUUCCACCACUUUGAUAACUGGAUACCUGUUUAUUGGAUCCCUCUGUGCCCUGAGCAGCCUGGCCUCCAAUGUAACAAGCUCUGUUGUUGCUGUCAUUGGCCUCUUCCUCUUCACCUAUUGCCUGAUAGCCCUGGGGAGUGCUUUUCCACACUGUAACUCAGAAAAGAAAUUCCUGUCCUUAUUGUCUUACUUGAAAUCCCACCAUUGGAAGAAUGAAGACAAGAACUGUUACCUGGCUUACGUCGGUGCUAUAAGUGCUCUGGGGAUGAUGCUUCUCUUCACUGUGCUGGAGGUUUUCCUAGCUGUAUACAGUUCUAUCUUUUGGUGGAAGCAAGUCUACUCCAACAAACCUGGGGGUACAUUUUUCUUGCCUCAAUCACAAGAUCAUACCCAACUUGUCAAAAGCAAUUUGUUGCAGUAAUGGAUCUGAAAUACAGAAGAAGAAAGAAGAUAUCUGUUGCUCACAGCAGAGUACAGCUAGACUUGCCUAAAAUCCCAGCUUUGGUAGAUCCUAAUAAACAUCUGAAGAAAAGCUCUCCUGUCCUACUUUCAAUGAGUCACUUCAUUUCCAUUGAACAUCAGCUCCUAAAGUCCGAGUCAGCAAACUUCCCUGAUUCCACAUUCCGCAAUGACCACAAACUUUAUCAACUUCCCCAAAUAGAGUGAACAGACAGUGUUUCAUCUGUCUGAUGCUAGAUGAGAAAGCAUGUACUCCUGGGGUGGAAGCUGACAGGGUCAUGUGGCUAGGUAAGGUCUUUCUCUGCAUUGCUUGCACAAUCCUUUGCUUAAAUAUUAUACUUUACGCAUUCCAAGAGCAUUUGAGAUCCUUUGAAAGUAUGACAGCCUGUACAAGGUCCUGGGUUUGAUACCACAGCAAUAAAAAGAAAUAAUAAAUC